AUGGAAUUAUUGCCUGAAAAUCUUGUCGACUACAAUCGUUUAAAAAUAAUAUUUUCAAUUUUGGAAUAUCAAUAUGGAAUUGAUACUAGUGAAAAUGAAAAUUUAAAUUUGAAUGAAAAUUUAACAAAAGGAAGGGAAGAAGAAGAGGGUGAAGGAGGGAAUGAUGAAGAAAAAAAGGAGGAGGAGGAAGAAGAUAUAAUUUCAAUAUCUUCCCCUAAAAAACGAAAAUUACCUUUUUGGUUAAAUUCGAAAAAAAGAAAUGGGGGAAAAAUUGAUGAAGAAAAUUAUGUUUAUAAUACUGGGGCAACGACUACAACAACGAAGAGAAAAAAUUUUAAACAAAUUAAAAUUAAUAAUUCAAUAUUUUCUUGA